UGUCUAUGUGCAGUGCUACACCGCCUCCGGCUUGUUCGUACCUCACAGGUGGCUGUAUUGACAUUUCUGCGACGUCUUUUCUGUAGGAGAGAAGUAAACUUAGAUAAGUGACAUUAUUUGGUUAACACAGAUGGACACGUUGCGCCUGUGAGUGCUUUCCUGCAGGACAGAAAACACUGAUUACGGAGACCUGCUAGCUUAAGGAUAGCUAGCUAACUAACUAUUAGCUAUCCACCAGCCACUGCCUGUUAGCCGGCGGAGUUGAGCGUCUGUACCUGAUUACAACCAAGGCAGCCACAGGUGAAUCAGAAUGGCCCAGGGGAUACCAGACGAGGUGAUGAUGAAUACUUCACUGAUCAAAGACCUGGCGGAUGUGGCAAAAGAUUCAGCGCUCCUGCAGGGUGUCCUAAUGAGGAUCGAAGAGACUCCCAAUGCAUCGGAGCUGGUGACUUACGCCCCAUUCACACUCUUUCCCACGCCCGUGCCUAAAGACGUGUUCCUCCAGGCUCUGGCUGUGCAAACUUACUACAACACACUGGUGGACCAGAUCAGCCGGGAUACAGACUUUCUGCGAGACGCUCUUGCCAGCACCAUUGCAGUGGAUGAUUUCACUGCGAGGUUGUUCAGGAUCCAUGAACAGAUCCUGAAAGAAGGAAGGUCUCAGUCUAUCGUGUUGGGUCUCAAUCGGUCUGACUACAUGCUGGACCAGAGAGAGGACGGGACGUCAUCCCUAAAGCAGAUAGAGAUCAAUACCUUUGCUGCUAGUUUUGGGGGUCUCUCGUCUCGCACGCCAGAUGUACACCGACACAUCCUUAAGGUGGCCGGCCGGCUGGAGGAGAGCCAGCGCAUCCUAGACAACAACCCCGCCGCUGGUCUGGCUGGAGCAGUUGCUAAAGCCUGGGAGCUCUAUGGAUCAGAGAGGGCAGUCAUCAUGUUCUUGGUGGAAGAGAGCCAGAGGAACAUCUUUGAUCAGCGAUACAUUGAGAAUGAACUGUGGAAGAGAAACAUUCCCACAAUAAGAAAACGGUUUGACGAUGUGUGUAAAACUGGAUCCCUUGAUCAGGACAAGAGGCUGUUUGUCGAUGGCCUGGAGGUCGCAGUGGUGUACUUCAGGAACGGCUACAUGCCUCAGAACUACGUCUCUGAACAGACUUGGGACGCUCGUCUUCUCAUGGAGCGCUCUCUGGCUGUGAAGUGCCCAGACAUCAGCACUCACCUGGCAGGAACCAAGAAGGUCCAGCAGGUGCUCGCAAGACCUGGAGUCCUGGAGAGGUUCUUCCCCGACCAGCCUCAGGUAGUGGAGCAGAUCAGAGCGACGUUCGCCGGCCUCUACACUUUAGACAUGGGUCCAGAGGGUGACAAAACUGUGGCAAUGGCUCUGGCAGCGCCGGACAGGUUUGUCCUGAAGCCUCAGCGAGAAGGCGGAGGUAACAACAUCUAUGGAUCAGAGAUCUGCCAGGUGCUGGAGGGAAUGAAUGAGAGCACAGAGAGGAUGGCCUUUAUUCUGAUGGAUAAAAUCCAUCCCGCCCCCGCACACAACUUCCUGCUGAGGCGAGACGCUCCUCUCCAGAUCAGUAACUGCCUCAGUGAACUAGGAGUGUUUGGAGCAUAUGUCAGGCAGGGUAAAGACAUGGUGAUGAAUGAGUGUGUGGGCCAUCUGCUGAGGACCAAGAGUUCGGAGCACUCGGACGGAGGCGUAGCAGCAGGGGUCGCCGUGCUGGACAAUCCUCUCCUCGUCUGACACGUUCCUACUUUCUGGGCUUUCACCAAAAAAAAAACAAAACAAAACAAAAAUGCACAAAUGGACAAUGACGAAAUGAAGGUGGCACAUUUGAGUCACAUUUUAACUUUGGCUGCUACAGUGUGAAGACGAGGCUGAGCAGAUAUGUCAUUUAUUGUGACGCGGAUCAGGUUCAGUUGUCGCUCACGCCCCUGGAGGAUGAUUCAGGUCUCCUCCUGCUAUCAGAGCUGAUGCAGUAGACGAACGUGUAUGACUUCUGAUGUAGCUUGGUGUUUGUAGCGACAGCGACUCCAAAGAGACGACCAUGUUUUUGACAUGAUGAUGAUUCUGUUCAAAGUUCUCAAAUACACCCUCAAGUGCUUUAGAUAGUUAUAAAACUUAAAGCCAGUAAGUGAUUAAAAACAUAAUUUUAACAUAAAAAUAUGCUCAGUUCAGUAAAUUCUCCUUAUAUGAAGAGACGAUCGGUUCUUUGUUAAAUGCAAAAUGAAUCAUAAAUUAUCUCUAAUUUGUCAUUUUAUGAGAGUAGAUUUUUAAAAAUAUUUUAAUUAAAAGCCUCAGUGUCUCUCUUUAAGCGACAUGAUCUCUUUCCUUUACUGGAACAUUUCUGUUCAGCUUCACGUUAGAAAUAUGGUGUGUGGGCCUAAACCACCAUAUUAUGUCAGUCUUCUGUUACUACAUCUUCACUGAGGUUCUUCUAAAGCGGUGUAGACACUCUGUGUUAAAGCUGUUUCAGAAAUCAAAAACAUCUUACAACAUAUUUCAGCACAGUCCAACACCACUGCAGCCUCCAGGCAGCUUUCUGACAGUUUUAAUGUUCAGGUUUUGAUUCUGUGUAAUUUAUAUAAUUGGAAAAUUGGAUGUUUUUCAGGCUUAGUCAUCGUGUGUUUUCAUGUUUUAUAUGGUUUUGCGGUUGCUCCAGUUUGACUCUCUUUUCAAGAGCAGUUUGGCUUUUAUCAGGAGUUUGACAUCUUGCAUUAAAACAGAACAAUCAUCAUGAUGGCAAAAACUCUACAAGUAAAAGCCCAGGUUAACAGGAAUAACAGGAAUACUGUGCACUGCUAGUUUUUAAAAGAAAGUAUAGAAAAAAUCAAGUGUCCUUAAACAGCCGGUUUUUGUUGUUCCAUCAACUGAUGGGCUUUAUUUUCUUAUUUUUAUCAGCUGAACUGUGCUGAGUGCUUUAAUGGUUGAGACAGACGACUAACAAAAACUUGACUUUCACAUGACUUCACACUGAUGAGAACAGAUGAUGCUUGAAGCUGGGUGGUGAACUGUACAUGUAAUUAUGCAGAAAGUAAUAAUACUAAUGCUACUAUUGCUACCGCUACAGUAUUUCUAGUAUUACUACUAUAAAUAAUAAUAAUCAUAAUACUCAUAAUAAUAAGAAAAAUAUUUUAAAAAGUAUGUAUUUUUUUACAGUAAGGGAAAACAACUUAUGAAUGCAGGAGAUGUUGCGUUUCAGUGACAGUGGAUUUCUUUUGACAAAGAAAUGUCAAAGCUGAGCCACUCCAGCUGUGACCAUGAAUGAUAUUUCUAUUGAAAUUGCAGCAACAGAAAGUCGAAUAUCUCAUCAUCAAAGUUUCAGGGUCAGACUCACACACCACAGCUGCCCCCCUCUGCUCGACUCUCAGGCCAAACUUCACAGGUCAUUCACUCACUCAUUUUGACCUCUCGUGGUGCAUUCUGGGGUUAAUACUGUAACUGGAAAUAUAAAGAUAUGAUGAAGGUGAUGAAUAAAAAACAAACUCUGUGAUCA